UCCUCCUCGGUCCGGCUCUCCGUUAGUUAAUCGCCGGAAAGCGCCGUGGUAAGACGUCGUCUGGCGUAGACUCACGCUCUCUCAUUCUUCGUUGUCUACUACGCGUGGCUGCUGCUGCUGCUGCUGUGGUGCCAGCUGCUCUUUUCUCUUACCAUCCUAAUCGCGCUCGUUAUGUAUGACGCGAUAACCAAGCGAGCCGGAGCAAUUCAUCAAGAAAACGUGACGAUUUGUGGCAACGACAACGAAAGACGACGACGACGAGUGAUUCGAACGUCCUAGAAUUCCCGGGGAAGAGAAAAAACACAUGCUCGAGAUUCAAGAAACCGUCGUUCUGACGACGCACCGAUACGAAUCGCAAUCAGAUUCGUCGUCGCAACUGCGGUUGCUCUGAAAUUCGUCGUUUUUUUUUUUUUUUUUUUUUUGGUUUCUUUUUUUGGUUUUUUUUUUUAAUCAAAAGCUGAAAUCUUGUCCCAUUUUUUUUUCUUUUUUCUUUUUUUUCCCGAAAUGUUGUUCAAUGUGUUGACUCUCGCGACGAUGGUGGCGGCGGGUUUCGCCGUCGCCGCUUCCAGAAACGCGUUCGCCAAUCCGGAAGCGGAGGAUUACGAAGUCGUCGACAACGAGGCUCGAUACAUCGACAAAGAUUAUUCCGACGAAGUGAGAUGUUACUGCAAUCAACCGGAUUGCGUUCGUCAGGGAUACAUGUGUCGCGGUAGAAAGGGUUGCUUUACAGAAAUACCAUUAGGUGCAAAUGUGCCGCUUUUGAAAGCGGAACACAACGCUCACAGCGGUUGUCUGGACGAGAGUUAUAAAAGUCGUAAGUGCCCUACGGGAUUUCUCUGUUGCAGUCAGGAUCUCUGCAACCACGUAGACAACCCCGCGAUGAAAAGCAGACUCAACAAGACCCUACAAGAGUUGGCUGGCGAUCAACGUGCGUAUUUGGCGCCCUUGCACCCGAACAGUCAGGAAAGGCAGACGGACAAUUUCUUUUCGACGGUUGCCAUCGUCGUUGGUAUUAUCGGACUCAUCAUUCUGUUGAUCAUUGUUGUCAUCGGUAUAAGAUGUCUCGAGCCCAUACAGUCGCAAAACGGAAAUAAAUACGUGUCACAUCCCGACAACGGGCCGCCCUUACUCGGACCACCGAAAGUGCCUCUGGUUUAAAAAAAAAAAAAAAUUCCACAAAUAUCCAAAGACAAAAGUUUUUUUUCAACGAGAUGUUCUGCCAAUAUAAAUAAUAGUUUAAUAAAUUUAGUAGAGCUGAUUGCGCUGGUUCUAAUAUAUAUGACUCGCACAGUUGUGCCAUAUAUUUUACGUAUGUACAUUCGAAUUCACCCCGUACCAAGGUGCCAAGGAUUCACGUUGAAGUCGAAUCGAAUCUGCUAGAUUCUUUUAGACUUCUUUUUGACGCGAUAAUCUUCUAACUUCGACGUGUGAUUGAACAAAAUCCACGAUCUUUUACCCCAUUUGUAAUUCAUAAAUAUAUUAUAAAUACGCAAAUCACCGCGAGAUUUUCCAAAAAAAAAAGGUCGAGUCAUAUACUUAAAAGUCCAGCUGUGUAAAAGGCUAUAAUAGAAAGUUAGCGCGGGGCCUAACGGGAAGGCUCUUGACUUGGCUGUGAAUUUUUCUGAAGAAAAAGCAACUACUAUUAUUGUAAAUUAAUAUCGUAACGAUAAUGUAUUACUUGUUGCAUUUUCUCAAAAAAAAAAAAAAACGUCGACGCGCGACGGCGCGCGAAACACGCGCUGUCGCGAAAAACAAAGAGUGAGAAACGGGUCGGAAUGUUUUGUCAAGACCCUCAAACACAUGACGUUGCGACAUGAUAUAUGUGACACAUGUCGUUAUAAGUAUUGUAAAUAUAAAAUAUGUUCGUAUAUAUAUAUAUAUAUAUGUAUUUUUUAUUAUAUAUUGAAUGAUAAAUCGAAUUCAAAUGAUGUUAGUGAUAGGGUGGUAUAAUUGGCGCGACUUGUUAACGUUGCGACCAUUUAUGGAAUUCUAUUUUUUUUUCUCUCUAAGAAUAUUAUUAUAUAUAAAUUUUACUUUUACAAAUAACUGUGCGUAGCCUCUC